AUGUGGUUGCUGAUAUUUUUGGUGUGCCUUCUGAUUUGUGCUGGUGGAAUGUACUGGUACAUAUUUGGCAAGCCAGGUCCAUUUACACUGGAGUCCUUGAGGCCCCCAGGGCCUUAUGAGAUGGACCAGAGGAAGAGAGACAAAGUGUUAAAACAAGGAUUUACAAGGGAGAUGGUUCCAGCAAAUCUGGAUGCCACUGUAAUUGGAAGUGGGAUUGGAGGAAUGACGGCCGCAGCCACACUGGCCAAAGUUGAAGAGUGUCCUGUACAGGAGCAGCAUGACAUGGCAGGAGGCUGCUGCCACUCUUACACUGAGAAAGGCUUUGAGUUUGAUGUUGGACUUCACUACAUCGGUCAGCUGCAUGAGAACAGUCUGUUCAGGAUCAUUAUGUACCAGAUCACUGAGGGUCAGCUGGAGUUUGUUGAGCUCGAUCAGCAUUUUGACAGUAAUGUGACUGGCACAGGAGAAGAACAGAGAGACUACACCAUCUACACCAGCAAGACUGAGAUGGAGCAGCACCUGAAGAAGCAGUUUCCUGAUAACGUAAAAGCUGUUGAGGAGUUCUUUAAGAUCAUGAAGUUCACAGCCAGGAUGACUAAUUACUUGGCCACCCUAAAGCUCAUUGCACAGUGGUUGGCUCUGUUCCUGCUCAAGAGUGGCAUCGCUGACCUCUGCUCAUCCAUCUUUUGCCUCUCAGGCUCCAGUCAUUUUAGACCCUGUUUAUAG